GAUACCGGUGCUACACAAAAACAUAUUGUUAAUAUUUUUAUAGGCUGGUCUACGUCCAAUUUGCGAAUUCAUGACGUUUAAUUUCGCUAUGCAAGCCAUCGAUCAGGUGAUCAACUCUGCAGCCAAGACAUACUAUAUGUCAGCAGGGGCGGUAAAUGUACCAAUAGUAUUUAGGGGUCCAAACGGAGCAGCAGCCGGAGUUGCUGCCCAGCAUUCGCAGUGUUUUGCCAGCUGGUAUGGGCAUGUACCAGGCCUGAAGGUUGUAAGCCCUUGGUCAUCAGAAGAUGCCAAAGGCCUACUCAAGGCAGCAGUCAGAGACGAUAAUCCAGUUGUUGUGUUGGAGAACGAAAUCAUGUAUGGUCAGCAAUUUGAUAUGUCCGAUGAGGCAAUGUCAAAGGAUUUUGUGCUUCCAAUUGGUCAAGCAAAGAUAGAGAAAGAAGGCAGCCAUAUCACUCUGGUAGGACAUAGUUUAGCCGUUGGCAAGUGCAUGGAAGCAGCUAAAGCCUUGGAGAGUGAAGGCAUCUCCUGCGAGGUUGUAAACCUCCGUUCAAUUCGACCACUCGAUUUCAACACCAUCAGGGAAUCUGUGAUGAAAACGAAUCAUUUGGUCACAGUGGAAGGAGGUUGGCCUUCCUUUGGAGUUGGCGCAGAGGUCAUAGCAAGAAUAAUGGAAAGUGAUGCCUUCGAUCAUUUGGAUGCCCCGAUUGUCAGAGUCAGUGGUGCUGAUAUUCCUAUGCCGUACGCUCAAUCCUUAGAAAAUGCUGCAUUACCUCAAAUUAUUAACGUAGUUAAUUCUGUUAAACGUACAUUAAACCUACAAGUUAACAACAGUUAAGAUUAAAAUUAUUUUAUCAUAAAUCGAAUGUAAUAGAAGAUAUUUUACAAUAUUGUUAGAGUGGACUGUGUUAAACCCCCCGCUAUUAAAUUAUUUUUUUUGUGACAGAUUUGUUUUAAAUUAAAUUAAGUUAUAUUUACGCCACCUUUUGUUUUACUAGAUCCCAACAAAAAAACAAAAAAAAAUUAUAACAGUAAUAGUAGCAUUCUAUCUAUUGUCUUUAUAUACUUAUAUGGUAUGCCAUAUUCUAACUAUUACAAUAUAUAUUUUGGUACCAUUCCAUUGAACAUUUGCCACCCUGACUCAGUAAUAGUUUUUCCGUAAUUUUUUAUCAGUACAGCGAGACCAGUGAGCAAAUGUAUUCACUUCCAAUAAAAAUGUUGAUCAAAAAUAGCAAAGCUCACUUGUACCGUUGGAAUUACAGCUGGGAAUCUACGAUAUAAUAACUUGUAUACUAUUUCAAUGAAAUGAAAAACAAUUCUUAAUUUAGAAUUUUAAUGUACUGUAAUUUGAAUUUAGUGACAAUGUUCAAAACAUAAGUACAUAACUGAUUUUAUAUUGCAAUGUAGACUUUAAAACUACGUAAUGAAAGCACUGUUUAACUUUUACUAUCAACCAUUGCUGUGUGAAAUUACAUAAUUAUAUCAGUAUUGUAUUGUUUAAAGACAAAAAAUAAAAGAGUGCCAUAUUUGAGAGCAUUCUUGUAUUUA